AUGGCCGACACCAAGGUCGCUUCCCCGCCGCCGCCGCCCGCGAUGACGCCCGGCAAGAUCGCAAUGUCUCGCUCCCUCGGCGCCGCCUUUCUCGCGCACCAGGUCGAGCAGCUCGAGAAGACGGUCGACGCCCGCAGCGGCUAUGCUCCGCGCGGCCGCAACAAUGGCCGGCGUCCGCCGAACACGAAUAACAACAACUAUAAUGGGCGUGGGCCCAAGAUCGCUGUGCGCGGCGGAGGAUUCACGCCCGCCAGGCAGGAGAGGAACGAGAAGGAUGCGGAUAUUGUGGUAGUCGAUGCCAGUGUCCUGAUCCAUGCGCUGGGCCAAGUGAAGAAGUGGUGCCGCGAGGGGCGCGAGGAGAUCAUCAUCGUCCCUCUCGAAGCUCUCAACACACUCGAUCUUCUGAAGAAGGGUACAUCUGUUCUCGCCCAGCGUGCUCGCGCCGCCUCCCGCGCUCUGGAGGCCCAAGUCGGCGUCAACCCGCGGAUGCGCGUACAGCAGGACAAUGCAUUUGUACUCUGGGAUUCGAUCAAUCUCGCGGCUUCUCCCGAAGGCGAGACCGUCCAGCCCGCACCCGAGUGGCUCCGCCGCACAAUUUGUUGCGCUCAGUACGAGGCCACAGAGACCGGCAAGGUCGACGAAAAGAAACCGAAGGUCAUAUUCGCGACUUUGGCUCAUGCACCCGUACUUCCUCGGGCACCUUCGCCGCCCAACACGGGCGAUUCUCCCGUUCCGCUCCCAGUUCCUCAGGCGAACAAGCACGAGCCGCGCGCGACCGGUGUGCUCGUCAGCUACUGGGCCCGCCGCGCGGGUCUGACCGUGCACCCGGUCGAGCCCUCUGCUGAACCUGGACCCUACACGAACGGACACGCUCCUACUUACGGAAACGGAACUGCGAACGGUAAUCGCCGCCACUCAUCGUCGGAGGAAGAAUCGCGCCCGAACACCCAACGCGGACCGCCCCGCCGUCGCAUCGUCACGGCGCCCGACACAGCCGAGAAGACGCGCCCGCUCGUCGAGCGCCCGCCUGCCGUGAAGGCUAUGAUGGACAGCGUUGCGCAGCCCAGCCGGGCUAUCCGAGUACUCGCGCGCGGCGAGAAGCUCGAGCCGUAG